AUGCUGAAGGACUACAUUCAGGUCAUCUAUGCGCACCUGCUGUUGGCAGUCCUGGCAAUAAUGCGUGAGCACGGCCUAUGUGAAUUCUUGCAUGUGUCUUCUCUCACGGACGACAAGCCUGAUGAGGACAAGAGCUUGAAUGAAGUGAAAACAGCCCUGAUGGUUGAACUGCUGGCGAUUGCUUGCAUGGGCGUGCCUGUCUUCGGAGGAAUCGGCCUUGGAUACUUCAUUGUGCACUUGGGCGAGUAUUGGAGCUGCCGAGAUAGCUGGUACUUACUCUUCUGGAUCGGUGUGGGUGGAACUGUCUUUGAUCAAGUCAACCUUCUCAGCUACAUGUACACAUUAAGCACAGGAGGAGGAGGGCUUUACAUCUAUGAUGGCAUUGACCCCAUUUCGCCCAACUGUGACCAGUUGGCAUGCAUGGUCUUUAUCUUGACCGUGCGCCUCACACAUGCAAAAAAGAAAGUGCAAGAGGAGAAGGAGUAUCUGCGUGAGAAGAUGAACUUGCCAGCCCGUGCAUCUGCACCUCAGAAGAGGCAGCAAGAUCGUCUCCCUCCUGUUGCAAAGUGGAUCUGGUGGUGUUUGAUACCACUGCCGAUCGCAGCGGUCCGAUUUGCUGUAUCGCUUGUGUUGAUUUGCGUCGCAGUCGACCGUCAUGGAGACAAUCUCAGCUCCUCUGCUUUUUGGAGUUCGCUCCUGGCCGCCAGGUUGUUCAGUGGAGUUGGACUUUUCCUUGUGUUGCGCGGCAUGUUUGAGACAAUCUUCGAGCAGGUCGUUGCCAUCGAGGGCAAUCUGGACAUCAUGAAAGGCGUUUUGGAAAAGCUCCCACGAGCGUUUGCCGAUGACAACCGGCCCGAAGAAAGCCGGCCUCUCCUAGAGGAUGGAGAUCCAAGGAUAUCGCAGGAAAGGGACGGUCUUCAGCAAGGGCAAGCACAGUGCAAAGGCGAUCGGCGCCAUACAGCCGUCGACAAGAUGCGGCGGUUGAACGCUGAGGCUCUGAAGCUACAGCGGCCUGAGUCAGGUCAUGGCCUGGACACAGUGUUAGAGGGGGACGAACCGGAAACGUUCAAGGAGUGGCUGAUCGAUUGGCACUACACGCGAGUCGACUUCCUCGACGAGCAGUUCGGGUCGGAUGCCGUGAUGGGCAUUUGCGUGGUGACCAUGUUCUUCUGUGCCUUGCAACUGUUGGCCAGUUGGCUGUGCUAUGACCCGAGUCAGAGCAACUUCACCUACCAGGGCCUGCACUCUGCCAUGGCCUUUGCUUUGACCAUCACCUUUGGCGGGAUCUUCUUGUAUCUCUCGAACGUCUGCAUCAAGGUGAACGACCUCUUCCUGAAGAUGUUGACGCGGCUGGACGAGCUCAGCGCCCAAAGUUGGCGUGAGAACGGUUACGAGGAAGGGCACAUCCGUAUGAUUCACGAUUUCAAGGCCGUGAUUGAAGCCGAAGGCUCGCCACAUACCUUUCUUGGGUACACCAUGAGCUGGCGCUUGGUCUUCACAAUCUUGACCCCACUGUUUGCCCCGACGCUGGCAAACAUCAAACCCCUGCUGCGAGUUGCGCAGAACCAUGUACAUGAAGCCGUCUGGAACAGCGAAGAGCUGAAUCAGACGAGCCGCGAUGCUCACUAUUGGCUUAGCCACCUGGCCAAUGCAAGCCACGUGAACCAGCUGCUUUCAAUAUGA